UGCCUUUUAUUGUGACGUACCAUUCACGGACCAAUUCUCAAAACAAGUCCGACUGAAUCGGAUUACGGAUAACGUACUGUAGCAGUCAACUGUCUGCGCUGUUUUUAAGAUUAAUUAAUAAUAAUUAAAGCAAAGAUACUGUUGAUUACCCCUAUAAGGUAUCUUCAUUAUCUUCAAUGGCGUCUAGAUCUCCGUCCUCCUCCCCAGACUCAGCGACGGGCUCCGGUACUGAUCCAGCGCGGCCUGACACCGGAGAGCCGCUCGGCGGAGGAUCCGAUUCGGAUUCAGAUUUCGGUUUAGGGAAAUUUGAUUGUAGUGCUGGGGACGCAGCGCUUCGAUUAGAAGGAGUCGAUCUAGAGAAUGAAUUUGAAGCGGCAGCGGACCGGGUCAGAGAUCUCGUCCAGACAGCCAGUAGAGAGCAGCUGCUGUAUCUGUACGCCAGGUUCAAGCAGGUCAAAGUUGGAAAGUGCAAUACACCAAAACCUGGUUUCUUCGAUUUCGAGGGUCAGAGAAAAUGGUCAGCAUGGAAACAGCUGGGGGACAUGAGUGCGGAGCAGGCCAUGCAGGAGUAUGUGUCCUGUGUAUGUGCCCUGGAUCCAGAAGGCAGCCAGAAGUCGUCAGAGCGAAGGGGAGGAGAGAUGCGAACUGGAUUUGGCGGGCCAGCGGUUAGCUCUCUAUACCAAGAGGAAAAGAUAAGGGAAGAGGACAAAAAUAUUUUCGACUAUUGCAGAGAGAACAACAUCGAACACGUCAGCAAGGCCAUCAGCUCCAAGAAAGUGGACGUGAAUACAAGGGAUGAAGAAGGCCGGGCUCUCCUGCACUGGGCAUGUGACAGAGGCCACAAAGACCUGGUGUCUCUACUCUUGCAGAACAACGCUGAUAUUAAUAGCCAGAGCUGAGAGACCCUCAUCCUCACUAAUCUGAGAGAACUGUGAACUGGGAAGUCCUGCUGCCAUCCUCCAUCCCUGAGCUUAGCAGCGUCUGUACUUUAAUCAUUUAGGGAUAUCGUAUCAGCGUAUCUCAGUGGGUGCUAAGCAACACACUAUAAGCAGGUAGCUGUAUUUAAAAAAACACUACAGGUCAUAAUGGCAGAUUUGGCUUUGUUUUAAGCUGACUGGCUGAAUACUGCAUUGGGAAAUUAAUACGGUGAAGUACAGUUAUGCGGUCACUGGCUUGAUCUGAUUCUCGCUAAGACAAAUCAAUUGGAAGUAAUCAGCCAAAUUGUUUGCAUUAUACAACCCAUAUAAUCAGAACAUUUGCAAAUGACUCUUUUUUUAAUUAUUUGAUUUAUUUAUUUUUUGGUGGCUGUGGACCUUAAUUGUGUGGGUGGAGAGCAAAUGCUUGGCCUAGAUGACAAUCAACGCUGUUCUAUUGUUGUAUUUUAACAGUUAGACUAAUGUGAAAUCCCCACUAGAGCUUCAAUAGAGAACAUAAUAUCAUAUUAUAUGUAACAGACAUUUUAUCACCUGCUCUGUAUAGCAUAUAUAAUCAUAUGAAGUUCUUGUGUACAUAAUAACAGGUAGUUGCACACACACACACA